AUGUUUGGAAGAGAACAUGGAAGUAAACCUGGAAGUGGUGGGUUAGCAACACUUGCUGAAACUGCUGCUGCAAGAAAAGAAAGGUUAAAACAACUUGCUCUUGAAAGAAUUGAUUUAAGUAAAGAUCCAUAUUUCUAUAAAACGCAUGUUGGUACAUAUCAAUGUAAAUUAUGUUUAACAACACAUCUUACAGAAGCAAAUUAUUUAGCACAUACCCAAGGAAAACGACACCAACAAAAUCUUCGUGCAAGAGAAUUAAAAGAAAUGAAAAUGCAUGAUGUUCAAGAAAAUAACACUGCUACACCUAAGGUACCAGUUAGAUAUUUUGAAAAAAUUGGAACUCCUGGGUUUUCUAUUACUAAACAGAUUGACUCAGGGACUCAUCAAAAAUCACUUGCAAUUACUGUCAAUUUCCCAGACAUAGCUAAUGGUGUUGUUCCUUUAUUCAAAAUUAUGGGAGCUUUUGAACAACACGUUGAACCACCAGAUAAUAAUUAUCAAUAUCUGAUAAUAGCAGCAGAGCCUUAUCAAUCUAUUGCAUUUAAAAUACCAAAUGUAGAAGUUGAAUUAGAUGAAACAACAGGAAAAUAUGGAGAAGAGUUAUGGGAAGUUUCAACCCACACAUAUUAUCUAAAAAUUAAUUUUGUUUUAAAUUGA